AUGCGCGAUCUGACAUGGGGCCAGCUCAACUUCCUCCACACGACCGACAACCACGGCUGGCUCGGCGGCCACCUCCUUGAGCCGCAGUACUCGGCCGACUGGGGCGACUACGUCUCCUUUGCCGAGCACAUGCGCCGCAAGGCCGACGAGCGCGGUGCCGAUCUUCUCGUCGUCGACACGGGUGACCGCGUCGAGGGCAACGGCCUCUACGACUCCUCGAGCCCCAAGGGCCUCUUCACGUACGACAUCUUCCGCGAGCAACCCGUCGAUAUCCUCUGCACCGGCAACCACGAGCUCUACCAGGCCGACGCCGCCCAGCGCGAGCACGACAUCACGGUGCCCAACUACCGCGAAAACUACAUCGCCAGCAACCUCGAUUACAUCGACCCCAAGACGGGCGACCGCGUGCCCCAGGCUCAGCGGUACCGCAAGUUCAAGACCAAGAACCAGGGGCUCGAGAUUGUCGCGCUAGGGUUCCUCUUCGACUUCACGGGAAACGCAAACAACACCGUCGUUCAACCGGUCGAGGACACUAUCAAGGAGGAAUGGUUCAAGAAGAUGCUGCAGGAGGAGAAGCCCGACCUCUUCGUCGUCAUCGGCCACGUCGGCCUGCGCAUGCCUGAGUUCAAGGCCAUCUUCACCGCCAUCCGCAAGGACAACUGGUUCGCGCCCAUUGCCUUCUUUGGCGGCCAUGCCCACGUCCGCGACGCCCUCAGCUUCGACAAGGACGCAUUCGCGAUGGCUAGUGGGAGAUACGGUGAGACCAUCGGAUGGAUGUCGAUCGACAAUAUCAAGAGGGCCAAGUCCGCCUCCGCCGCCGACGAGAUCUCUGCCGAGGCCGCGCCAGCCGCCACCUUCACGAGGAAAUACAUUGACAACAACCUCUUUGGCCUCUACCACCACACCGGCCUCAAUGAGACGACCUUCCCGACAGAGCACGGCAAGAACGUUACCAAGAUGAUCGAGAAGGCCCGCAAGGCGCUCGAUCUCGACUACAAGUACGGUUGCGCCCCGAAGGACCUGUGGGUGAACCGCGCCCCGUAUCCGAGCGACGACAGCAUCUUCACUUGGCUCGAGACGCAGGUGCUCCCGGAUGUCGUCCACAAGAAGGACCGUAACGACAUCCCGCGCCUGGCCAUCGUCAACACGGGCGGCCUGCGCUUCGACAUUUUCAAGGGCGCUUUCACGAAAGACAGCACCUUCAUCGUGUCGCCGUUUACCAGCACUUUCAAGUACAUCCCUGACGUGCCCUACGGCGUGGCCAAGCGCGUCAUUGACCUGCUCAACAAGGCCGGAAAGAUCCUUGAGGCGACGCAUGAUACCCGUUUCAUGAACAUUCCCGAGAUGAUGUUCCCCAAGGACGAUAUCGUCAUGAUGAAGACGGAACAGGACGGCGAACCCCGCCGCCUCGAGCUCCGCCAAGAGCCCAGCCAACACCGACUGUUCGAUGAGGACGACAAGUCCAAGAAGCCGGACCUAAUCGGCGGAUACACAACCAAGGAUGACAUCGGCACCGACGGCGACGACACGGAGCACUCGUCCAUCAAGUUCUACGAGGUCCCCAACUGCGUGCAGACGGAGAUCGACUUCCCCAAAGAGGGCGAGCCGGAGAAGGUGGAUGUUGUCUUCAUCGACUUUAUCCUGCAGUGGAUCAUUGUCGCCCUCAAGUUCAGUGGCGGCGACUACAGCGAGCAGGACGUGUUGACGUGGUCCGACGAAACGCUGACGUACAAGAUGGGCGAGUGGAUCAGGGAGAACUGGAAGGGAGACUGCUGA